AUGUGCCAAUGCAAACCUGGCCAUGCUCGUGACUCAAGGGGUGUCUGUAUUCCGAUGGCUAGCUGCCCUGCAAGGAGUGACUUUGCUAUUGACAACACAACUUGCCCCGCCAACGAAGAAUUUACACAUUGUGGAUCGGCAUGUGAGCCCUCAUGCCAAAAUCCCAACCCGGAAUUCUGCACUGAGCAAUGUGUCGCGGGAUGUCAGUGCAAGAAGGGAUUCUACCGUAAUGACGAGAACGUUUGUGUGUCGGAGUGCUCUGGCGCUCCUCAGUCCACGUGUGACAACGUCAAGUGUCCUGCGGGUACUGAAUGUCAUCAGGUGCCGCUGAAUUGCCUCCUACCUCCGUGUCCACAACCACCGCCAAAGUGUGUUAAGAAAGGUAAGUUCUUUUUACCUCUUAAGCAGUGCGACUAA